AUACCACCAUGCAGGAUUAAGGUAGGAGUAUCAAUUUCAUAGUAGAAACGUGGUGAUCAACAUUCCCCUUUCUUGCCACGAAGAAAGCCCAAGUGACCACUGAUGGUGGGCCCAAGGUCUUCUUCGUCCAUGCAUUCCCCCGGGUCUGGACCGAACCCACUAUGGCUCCCUCGCAGCCUUCCUAUUUUGGGUACCUUACCAACUUUUUGUCUGCUCAUGUGAGGCCUCAUGACUAUCCCGGACCCAGAGUCAUUCUUUCUCCCAGCAGCCUCCAAAAGUCCAUGGUGAAGUAUAUAAGUAUGACAUUCCUCGGCGUGUUGAAGUGACUGAUUAGACAUGAUCAAUUGAAUCUCUCCUUGACAUCUUCUACUCACUACGCUCCAGCUCCCUACCGGCCUUAGUGAAAAGAGAACUCUUUCAAAUAAUUUACAAAUUCUCACUACCUGAGCUUUUGCGCUUACUUUCAGUUGAUCCUACCUUUCUCGUCAGAUACUUAUUUCCCCUUAAUACGUAUCAUCAAACAGCACAAUGUCUGUCUCCAUUGAAACCAACGACAUUGCCCCCGCCGCUCUUACCACACAGGCGGCCCCCUGCCUCGGCUCUAAGAACAGAAUGCCCGAGUUCAGCUUGGCUGGAAAGGUCGUAUGCGUCUCUGGUGCUGCCCGUGGCCUUGGUUUAACUCAGGCUGAAGCGCUUCUGGAGGCCGGGGCCAAGGUAUAUGCUUUGGACCGCCUGGAGGAACCCUCCCCUGAGUUCUACGAAAUCCAAAAACGUGCCAAGGAGGAGUUAGGAACGGAGCUGCAAUACCGUCGCAUUGACGUCCGUGACACCGAACUUCUCGAAAGUACUAUUGAAGCCAUCGCUGAUGCCGAGGGUCGCUUGGAUGGCUUGGUCGCUGCGGCAGGCAUUCAACAGGAAACUCCCGCCCUCGAGUAUACGGCCCAGGACGCCAACACGAUGUUUGAAGUUAACGUCACUGGUGUGUUUAUGACUUCCAAGGCAGUUGCUAAGCAAAUGAUUCGUUUCGGCAAUGGAGGUAGCAUCGCACUAAUCGCGAGCAUGAGUGGUACUAUUGCCAAUCGGGGUCUUAUUUGCCCUGCUUACAACGCUAGCAAGGCUGCAGUGCUUCAACUUGCCCGUAACCUCGCCAUGGAGUGGGGCACGUACAACAUUCGAGUCAACACCAUCUCGCCCGGUUAUAUUGUAACAGCCAUGGUUGAGAAGCUCUUCGCCCAGUUCCCUGAGCGUCGCGAAGAAUGGCCCAAGCACAACAUGCUGGGACGUCUGUCUACCCCUAACGAGUACCGUGGCGCUGCCGUCUUCCUUCUCAGUGACGCCAGCAGCUUCAUGACUGGAAGCGAUCUACGCAUGGACGGAGGUCACGCCGCUUGGUAGAUGACAUUUGAAUGGUUCUUUCCUUUUCAUUUGCAUAUUCUAUUUUUCAUAUUAUCAUUUCUACUACUGCAUGGCGUCGGGGAAAGCAAGCGUGAUCGGAUUUGAAAUUGAUGGUCUUAUCAUGAUUCUUGUGUUUUGGCAUGCUUGGGGACUGAUAGGAUGAGGUUCGGUUGAUAUCUCAGCGUUGCAAUUGCUGGAUCGGGUCGUAGUCGAUUAACUAGAGCGACAUUGUACCUAUACAUAAUGCAUGAGCCUUAAUUUGGAACAAGUGAAUGGUCCACCUGAGCGUAGUGAAAGUAUGAUUGACGAUGAACGUUGCGGGAGGUGAUCCUUGGCGGUCUCGACUGACAACUAACGAGUAACGUUAAGUUUGCAUGAAUCAUCUUCCACUUUAGUGCCAGAUCUGACAAUAUAUUGAUGCGCGUGUUCGCACAUGACCCACUGGGCAAUUCUGAACUAAAGCACCACUUGCGCGGCGUUAUU